UAAACAGUUUGGCAACAGAAACGUUUGUCUGUGGACCGACGACUACAAACGAACUAGGUCCAAAUACACACAAAAAAAAAAUAAACAAGUCUUAAUUUAAUAAAUUGUAAAACAGACGAGUUAGUUUCCUCCAAACCAUGACCAAGUUCGUGGUGGCUGUGAGCCUGGUGGCCCUAUUCCUAUGCCAGGUCCAGGCCGUGACCGAGGCACCCGAAUUGGAACAAUCAACGGAGUCCCCCAUCGCGGAUAUGGCCCUGAUUGGUGAUUCGGUAAUGGCACCCAAAACUCCCACGGAGAAGCCACCAGUAGCUCCGGCUAUGGCAGAGAAACCCGCUACGGUGGAGGCCCAGGAGAAGUCAGCCGCCGCCGUUCCGGCCGUUCAGCCACAUACGGUGGCCGAUUUCAUCAUUCAUCCGCUGAUCGCCUUCAAGCCCCGCCAGGCCUCCCUCGAGGACAUCCAGGGCAAGCAGGCUCAGGCCGGUGCUCCCGCCGCUGGAGCUCCAGCCACCUCCGGCACUUGGCUUUUCGGAAUGAAUCCUGCCCAGCAAUUGGGAUCUUCCUUCUCGACGCUGGCUGGUUCCGUGUCCGGAUGGUUCAAUGAUCGUCUGGCCGCAGCUGGACAGCAGAUUCCCAGCUUCGUUGAGACACCAGUGAGGGAGUCCACAACCACAACGAGCUCCACCACCACCACCACCACUCAGCGCCCGGACAUCGUGGUGCGAGUUCAGCAGAGGCCCCAGAGGAAUGGCAACAGGAAGGGCAAUGGAAAUGGCAAUGGAAACGGCAAUCUUAACAACAACUUCAAUGGAAAUGGAAACGGAAAUGGCAACCGUCGCCGCCAGCGUCCCAACCGAUUCAACAACAGGCUGGACUCCCUGGAGGACGAAUACUACGAUGAGGAGGAUGACUACUUCCAGGGCAACCGUUUCGACGAGGAGUUCUACGAUGAGGACGAGGAUGAGCUCUCCCUCGAUCAGUUCGAUGAUGAAGACUCCCUGGAGGCAGUGCGUCCCCAGAAGAAGCGCAAGCAGUCCCAGGUUCAGGUCCAGAACCAGAGGCGUAAGUUCGGCCAGCAGAACCAGGAGGCGCCAGUUAGCCAGAAGCGUCGUCCCGCCACCACCCAGAACAAGAAGACCCAGAAGACCACCCAGCAGAAGAAGCCCGUCCAGGUCGCCGAGGACUCCGAGGAUGAGGAGGAAGUGGACGAUGAUGAGAACAUCAACAACGACGAUGAUGUCGAGGAUGAGGAGGAGAUUGUCGAUGAUGACAGCCAGGAGCAGGACUAUGCCCCGGAGCCGGCGGUCUUUGGUUCCUCUUCGACGUCCACUCGCCGCAGCCAGAACCAGCCGAACUUCAUCCAGCGCGGCCAGCAGAGCAUCAUCAGCCAGAUCCGUCAGUUCACCCGUGGCCAGACUCCCGGCGAGCUGGGCAACACCUUCCGUCGCAGCCAGGUCGGCGGAAACUCCGGCAAGACCCGUUCCCGUCCCCAGCAGGCCACUCUCGUCGUGAACCGCAACGGCCAGACCGUUUAUGUGGCUCCCGAGCUGGCUAACGGCUAUCCCUAUGCCUACCAGGGCAAGAAGCAGAGGGUUCCCGUCUCCGGAUCCUUCCCCCAGCCACCUCUGACCGUGCCCAUUCGCCGCCAGGGACGUCCCACUCAGUACAUCACGAUUCCAUGGAGCCAGUUGGGUCUCUCGCCGCCGGAGAGCCAGUCGGUCGUCUCCCUUGCCGAGGGAAUUCAGGCUCAGCCCUUGAUCCUCAACAUUCCCCAGAGCGCCAUUAACCCUGUAAGGACUGGAGCCACCACCAAUGGCCAGAAGAAGAAGAAGCGCCCUCAACUGACCGCCGCUGCUGUGCCCCUGCUGGCCGAUGCCUCGCUGAUGGACAUCUUCCAGCCCCCCCAGAUCCCACCAUCCCGCACCGGAUCCACCUCCACGGCCGCCAUCAAGCCCAUCACCGCCCAGCCCGUUCUGAUCGCCGCCAAGCCCGUCAAGGCCGGCGGUUCGGGUCUCCUGCCCACCAGGAUUCGUCCCGGAACGAUCGUCGAGAAGGCUCCCGCCAUGGAGACUGUCGAGAAGAUGCCUGUGAUGGAGGUGGCCGAGAUGAAGCCCGAACAGGAGAUGCUGAUGGCCUCCACGGAGGUGACUCCCCAGCAGGCCGCUAACGGAGAGCAGCAGGAGUUCAUCAUUGUGGGAGAGGAUGACGAGCCUGGUCUGUCCCGGCAUGUCCAGCCAGCCUAUGGUGAUGCUCGCUAUGUGUCGUAUGGAGACUUCCAUCCCUACUUUGAUCUGCUCACCCAGAACAGGAGGUUUGCUCUGAGGAAGAGCGGUAGGUCGCUGGAGAGUCCCGAGGAGGUGCAGAAGGCGGAGGUUGAGAAGAAGGAGGAGGUUCAGAAGGAGGAGAUCCAGAAGGAGGAGAUCCAGAAGGAGGAGAUCCAGAAGGAGGAGAUCCAGAAGGAGGAGAUCCAGAAAGAGGAGGUCCAGAAGGAGGAGACUGAGAAGAAGGAGGAAGUCCAGAAGGAGGAGGCCCCCAAAGAAGAGGUUGAGAAGAAGGAAGCCCCCAAGGAGGAAGCCCCCAAGGAGGAACUCCCCAAGGAGACCCCCCAGGAGGAUCAGCCCCAGUCCAAGCUCCUCUAAAAACUAUCCUAAAAAAAAAAAUACGAAACCCAAAACGAAAACUGAUUACUGAA